GAACGGGGACGCUAUGAGGAGGCCGAGCAGCUGCACCGCAAAGCAUUACAGGGUCGCCGGGAAAAGCUGGGCGAGACGCAUCCAAAUACCCUGCAGUCGAUGCACCAUCUGGCCGAGGUGCUGCAGGAGAGAGGACAGUUGCAGGAGGCAGAGAAGCUCUACCGCCAAGAGUUGCAGUCCAGACGGGCCAGUCCGGGAGACUCCCACCCAGACACCUUGAGCAGCAUGCACGACCUGGCGACCCUGUUGGUGAAGAGGGAGCAAUUCGGGGAGGCAGAGGAGCUCUUCCGCGAAGAGCUCGAGAAGUGCAGUCGGUCCGUCCAUGGCCACCAGCAUGAGGAAACCCUCAGCUCCUCAGAUCAUUUUGCCGAGUUCCUGAAGGACCGGGGACGCCUUGAGGAGGCAGAAGAGCUCUACCGGCAGGUCUUGGAGUCCAGUGGACGGGUCAAGCUGGGCGAUGAGCACGCCGACACGAUGAGCAGCAUUUCUGACCUGGCCACCCUUUUGAAGGAAAAGGAGGAAUGGAAGGAGGCAGAGCAGCUCUUCUGCGAGAAACUCAAGAGAUGUCAGUCUGUGCACGGCACGCAGCACAAGGAAACCAUCACCGCCACCAAGAAGCUGGCCAAGUUUCUCAAG